UGGUGUGAUUGCUGUGAAUGACUAUUUAAUAUUUUGAAAUUCUUUGUGAAACAGGUUUCCUGGCCAAUUAAACGCUUCCGACGCGUGCGUUGUGUUUCAUAUUGUGGCAAACUGCUUGGCUAGUAAAGGUAAGCCCGGAAAAAAUAUUGCGACGGAAGGUAGCUGGCUGUUAGAAGUGCCGGAGAAGUUGACGUGUCCCUAAAGUGAAACCAAAGAUCAUAGAAAGGAGAUUUUCAUAGGCGGGUCAGCCUGGGGUUCUGAUCCCAAAGAGAGCAGUAAUUGGUCCUCAGCUCGCGCAUCAACGCUCCUGCAUCAGUGUACAAACAGCCCGGGCUGCGUGGAUGCUGGGGGUCUGCGGCACCUCCUCUCUGGCAGCAAAGGCAAAUAGGUGUCUGCAAGUAAAUUCAUGUUUAGUCCGUGUCUGUGCUCGCUGUGUCUUAUUGCAUACACGUGGGAAUAAAGUAACUAGUUAAAUUAAAUAAAUACGCUCAAAUAGAUGUCAAGAAGAUAAGAGGAUUCGCGACUAGGCUUAAACUCUUAACCAGCCCUGGAUGAGACUUCGCAGCCCAUUCUAGCCGGGCUGCAAACUGUACUACCCUUAUGUUAACCUUUGGACUGCAGAUUUUUCUAGGAUCAACACCGAUCUGGCAGUGAACAGUGAGAAAACAAACAUUCUUUGUGCCCCUGUUGGAUGUGAAGAACUUUUGUGGUUUAAUGCGGGACGUCUUAGCAUAAAAUCGGACGGACCACCGAUCGGCUCUGGAGCGGGUUUCGAACUUAAGGACGAUGCCAGAAAUGGUGCCUCCUUACAUCCAAUCAUCUCCUUUGAAAGUGGAUAUAUGCAACAUCCAAGUAAAAUAACUGCUUCACCAGAGUUCUAAAGUAAAAAUGAAGAAUUUCCAGUCAGUUUGUUUCAUCCUGGCGCAUUUUUGUCUACAUUUGGUUACAUGUGGCAAAUCCCAUAUAACAACAGCUGAGCUUAUUGAGUGGGAAGAAGCAGACCAUAAAGACAAAUUGACAAGUGCUGUAGCCAGUCCACGCAUUAUAAAUCCACUUCGGCUUUUUGCAAGAGGAUCUCAGGACCUGAAGGGAAACACCCGGGAGAUAACAUAUUUGGAAAAUGUCAAUGAUUUCUGGGACUGGUUAGUCAACCAGACAGAUGUCCUUGAAAGUCAUGUACGAACUAAACGUCGGCCUAUAGUGAAGACUGGGAAGUUUAAGAAAAUGUUUGGAUGGGGAGAUUUUCACUCCAAUAUCAAAACUGUAAAAUUAAAUCUUUUGAUUACUGGCAAAAUUGUCGACCACGGAAAUGGAACCUUCAGCGUUUACUUCCGUCACAACUCUACAGGUCUUGGAAAUGUAUCAGUCAGUCUGGUGCCACCAUCUAAAGUUGUGGAGUUUGAAAUCUCGCAGCAGUCAACACUAGAGACCAAGGACUCCAAGGCUUUCAACUGUCGAAUUGAGUACGAAAAAACAGACAGAGCAAAAAAGACCGCUCUCUGUAGCUUUGAUCCUUCAAAAGUUUGCUACCAAGAGCAAACUCAAAGCCAUGUUUCCUGGUUGUGUUCUAAACCAUUUAAAGUCAUAUGCAUUUACAUCGCCUUCUACAGUGUAGAUUACAAACUUGUUCAGAAGGUCUGUCCUGAUUACAAUUACCAUAGUGACACCCCCUACUUCUCCUCGGGAUGAAAGCAUAUUCAUGCAUGCUCCUUGACCUCUUAGACUGUGCCAGUGAUUUAGAGAAAAAAUGAAAGGGUCCUGAAAUAAUUUCUUUUUGUCCCCUCUUAAUGAUAACCCCAACUGUUUUAAAUGAAAUUGUGUUGAAGAGGUCUAAGAAGGAACAUGAUUAUCCAACAACAUUGUUUGCUCGAAAGUAAAAAUAUUCUAACGUGCUGAAGAAGAAGAGUGUUUUUUUUAUUUCUAGAGCAACUACUGUUAAGUGGCUUUAAAGUCAAAGAAAAAAAUGUAUAUAAUCAUAAAUAAUGAAGUCUGCUUUAAUGUGAAAUGAUCAUGCUUUCCAAAGAAGGAAAAUCAAUGGCAUUUCCUAAACGUUUUUGCUGCCAUUCAGACGUGUCAUGUUUAUCCAAAUCGAAUUUGAAAUCUCAACAGUGUAAUGUUCAUUUUCUUAAUUUUACUUAAAAGCAAUUAUGUUUCUUAUGCUGUUCUUUCUUUUCUAAUAUCAGACUGAGAGUCUUGCAAAUAUAAACCUUUUCCCACAUUUUUUUAUUAUACAUAUUUAUUAUAAUUACUUAUUAUUGGGCGUAUUUGGCCAUUUAUAUUGCACAUACCCACUAAUGAGAAAAUCUGUGUAAAAACAUUCAAUUUGACACACUGGACACACUAACACUACAGAUAAAACACUGGCUGUAACCUUGUAAUACUUUUGGUUUAUAUGCAAAUUAGGUGUAUUAGUUGGCUGUUGGCAGGGUAGACUGGGCACCCUAAGACCCCUUGAUAGAAAGAUACUUUUGAAAAUGUUUAAGCAAAUGAUUACUUCCCAUUAUUAUAUGACUUUUAGAGUCAGUUGUAGUGUACCUGCGAUAGCGCUGCACUAGUGGCGGAUCAAGUCCAAGCAACGCUAAGAUGGUGCUAAGAAGGGAUGAUCCUCAAGUCUAAGGGCUGCCUCAGUGAACGAUGGAACAAGACCAGUCCCAAGUUUAACUAAUCCACAGCUAGUCUUGUUUUGCCAUUGUGUUCAACCUCAAUUUUCUCAGCUAGCUUUAUGGUUGCCCUUUAACAGCGGUGCAAUGGCAGUUAACGACAUGCUGCUACUUAGACCUCUCCGUGUAAAGGGAAAAAGCACAUCUUUAUAUAAUCUUAAUAAAAUAUAAUUACAAUCGGUAAGCUACAUUAGAUUUAAGUCAGUGUUGCUUUUGCUAUUGUAAACGUUAUUCAAUUCAAGGAAAUGAAAAAGCCUUGAAAUCCCUGUGUGGAAACUAAUGAUGGCAGGAGGUUAACAUUAAUAGAAUCGUAUCUCAAAGCAAAUAAAAUAUCUAGUCAGAAGAGGGAUAAUAUUCGGAAAGUUUCAUACAUAUACAAUACGUAUCAUAAAAGAUCUCAGUUUGUUCUCCUCCUCCAAUUUCCAAGAAGUGCACUGCAACUGUUCUUAGUCUUGGUCUUGGUCUGCUGCAGUGGAAUCUCUAACUCUCUGGCACUCUGCAAUGGCGCUAAAUCCGAAAGUUAGUUUUGUUUCUGUGAAUAUGUACUAAGACCAGAUCAGCACGGGAUCAUCCUCAGCUCAUAGCACACUGCAACUGACCCUUAAUGUCCAUUUUAAAAUUCACCAAUGAAACUAUAAGGCUAUAGUAAUUAUGAUAAAAUUACCAUAAUUUGAUCAGUUUCAUUUAUACUCUUAUCUAGAAAGAUGCUUAGCAUAAUCAUCAGAAAUUUUGUCUAGUACAUUUAUUUUUACAUGCAUUUCACAUUAAGGCUAGACAGAUUUGGCUAAAUGCCAUGAUGCUGCUUCUUGUGAUACCCGUUAUAAGUUAUUCUGAAAUAUUGACUAUUGAUUCUUGUGUAUUACUGUAUUAUUUUGUGAAUUAUAUUCUUUUAUUAAACAUGGACCUUUCCCUGUUUUUGUUAUCUAUACAUAAAAACUAUACAUUACACACAUUACAUGGACUUCUCAUUGGCUGUCUGUUUUUAUGCAUAUACUAUAUUCUCUCCUCUCAUGUAAAGCUUUGCAACUUUAAAAGAGGAAAAUAAAUCAAAUGCUCAAGCAUACUUAGAUUGUUAAAGGGGAUUUCUCGAUCAUUUUCAUUACCUGCACAAUCCUUUAUAGGGGUUAUGGGGAACCAGAGCAAAUUCCUGCAACAAAUCGUUAAGGCAGAAACUCAGUGUCAGUGCACACACAAAUACUUCAAGACACAUGCAGAACACAUCAUUUUAGAGAGUGUGAGGAAACACAAACAGAGAUACUGAUGAUGGGCAGGCAAACUCUCAUACAGGAGCCACCAUGGUAGGGAAAUAAGCCUGGUGUCCAUCUGGAGAGAAUGAACAAAGAGUUUGCCAGUGACAUGUUGAGGUGUUUUUAAUCAAGGAAUUCCAGUAUAUGCUUUGAACAAAGGAUGAAAAUUAACUUUUCCAAAUGUCAUUUGUUAAUCAGAUUACACUGUCUUGAAAAUACACAAGCAGUGGGAAUCUGAGGGUGUUUUUAUAUUGUUCACUUAUUUGAGUUUUUGAGUUUUUUGCAAUGAAAACUCACGGUUCUGAGGGUUGAAAUUGAUGCCAACCUUUUAAAUUAUGCAAUUCAUCAACAUGCACAGAACUUCAUUGUUAAAGCAAUUUACACAUUUAGCGCCUAUUUGAAAGUUUAUAAGUAUCAAAUGUUUGAAUCAGACAUUGAAUUGGAUUAAGAAAGUUUGGGAAUUUAUGUUUUUAUUUUUUAUAAAUAAAUAACUGUGUUUUAUUUCUAAUGUGUUACAUAGAUUUUGAAACCAUGCUUUAACAAAGAUGGUUUGCUGUGGUGUUCUUGUAUUUUCUUUAUGGGUUUAUUUUAUUCCCUUGGUCUUUGAGAUCCCUGUUUCAGUAGAAUGGUCUAUGUGUUUACUUGUGUUUCUUGCCCCAUUAAGAUGUUUCUGUAUUUUUGUUGCGAAUCUCUUCUGUUCUUUUAAAAGACAGCUUAUGUAUUCUUACACAAUUGUACAUUUACUUACAAUAAUUAUUUGUUGAAAAUGUAUACAUGUUUUAGCUGGCUAAAAACAUUGCAGAAUUACUGUGUAUGUUAUGUUUAAUGAUAUAAUGUUAUAAGUAAUACUUCAUACAUGAGUUAUUUUAGUAUUUUGUUUAAUGGUAAAUUUGUCUAUUUAAAUCAUGAACUAGCAUUCCCUUAAGUUUACAAAAUAAAUGAUAUGCACAGCAUAUUUGUAUCCCUUGUUUAGUAAAAACUAAAAGAACCCUUGUACAAAUUCUUUUUUUAUAUAUUUAGGUACUCAAUUUCAGUUAGUUACAUUGCAAUUUAAACUAAAAACAUACUUCUUUUAAUAUCCCAUGGUGAUCUAAUGAUCUAUCCAGUGAAUUCAGCAAGUGAACUGGGUGACAUACAGAAAAACAAAAUGAUGUCAACAAAUAUGCAGUUACAGUCCAAUGGAACCAUUCAUAAAUAAAUAACCCCAAAGUUAUUUUUUUUAAAAUGGGUAAUUGUGCGCUGGCAUGAGUCCGCAUGUACCACAAUCUUAAGAACUUUCUUCAAUAACGUGUCUAAUUCUAUUUUUGUUAAAUUUAAUGAGAGAUUCUUUGGGAAUGAUAAUUACUGUUGUCGUUAUGCUGUAUGUUUCCAUUAAUGGUUUUUUUUUUUUAUUUGUUCUUCAUCAAAUCAAAUUCCAUACAAAUUCUGUAAUUAUUUCAAAUAAAAUUAAGUAUACCUGCA